CUCUCUCACACACACACACACACGCACACAAUUUGAGCGUCUGAGUGCGUGCUUUGCUCUGCAAUGGCGAUCGCCACCGAGUCUCAACAAGAACGCAAGGAUUCUAACGAGAGCACGGCAGCAGAGAAAAAGAGGUGGAGUAUCGCCGACUUUGAAGUUGGGAAGCCUCUUGGCAGAGGGAAAUUUGGACAUGUGUAUGUUGCUAGAGAAAAAAGGAGCAAACAAAUUGUGGCACUAAAGGUAUUGUUCAAGGAUCAGCUGAAAGCGUCUCAGGUUGAGCAUCAGCUUCGUCGUGAAGUGGAGAUACAGAGCCAUCUUCGACAUCCGAACAUAUUACGACUCUAUGGUUACUUUUACGAUCAGAAAAGAGUUUAUUUGAUUCUGGAAUAUGCUGCAAAGGGCGAACUCUACAAGCAGCUACAAGAAUGCAAAUAUUUCAGUGAAAGACGUGCUGCUACAUAUAUUGCAUCAUUAGCUCGGGCACUUAUAUAUUGUCAUGGGAAGCAUGUGAUACAUCGAGACAUCAAGCCGGAGAACCUUCUUGUUGGGGCACAGGGUGAACUCAAAAUCGCAGAUUUUGGUUGGUCAGUGCACACUUUUAAUCGCAGGCGAACUAUGUGCGGCACUCUUGAUUACCUACCACCUGAGAUGGUGGAGAGUGUGGAGCAUGACGCAAACGUUGAUAUAUGGAGCCUUGGUGUCCUGUGCUAUGAAUUUCUCUAUGGAAUGCCUCCUUUUGAAGCAAAGAAGCAUUCAGACACAUACAGAAGGAUUAUCCAGGUGGACUUAAAAUUUCCUCCACGACCAAUAAUCUCUUCAGCGGCAAAGGAUCUUAUAAGUCAGAUGCUGGUAAAGGAUUCUUCGCGACGCUUGCCUCUGCACAAAGUACUCGAGCAUCCAUGGAUUGUACAAAAUGCCGAUCCCUCUGGCAUUUAUAAGAGUUGAUUUGAUGAUGCUCUUUAACUUUGAACCAAUUGAUGUUGUGUAUCAAUUUAGAAUGAUACUAUUAUUAUUGUUGUCAAAUAAGAAAAGGAGGAGGAAUUAUUGGAACUAUAGAGUAUUGACUAAUUGAUGAUUGUGUAGUGCUUUCUGUUGUGAAAGUAGUUCUUAUAUUCUUUUAUAGAUUCGAUAUUUCACAUUCGUUUUUUUUGCUAAUCUCAGUAUUAGGUUUACUGAUUUAUUAA